AUGUCUGUCUGUCUCGCUGUUACCAAAACCGUCGCGGUGUCCUCUCUCGGGAUCUACUGCGGAAUGCUGACCUCCGCGUGCGUGGCGUCGUACGCGGCGCCCGUGGACGUCUUGACGCAGCUCGCAAAGCCCGCGCGCGUGAUCGCGCGCGUGGGCGGCGCGCUAGCCGCGGUCUCGAGCGCGUUCUUCGCGCUCAGCUACUUCGGCGCCCCCGCGCACUGGCGCCAUCCAUACCUGCUCUACGGGAUGCUCGUUGCGCCCGUCUCCGCCGCGUACGUGGCCGUGGUGGCGCGCGUGCGCGGCGCGCAUUGCCGCCGCGCGUGCGAGAAGCGUCGCGCCCAGUCCGCGUCCGUGCAUGCCUCCACGCCCGCGAGCGCCGCACCCGAGCCCGCGCUGGACGACUCCGUCGUGGACCUGGGCGCCGCUGCCGCGGCGGCUGAAUCGGCCCCUGAAACACACGUGACCUCCGCCGAGCACGUGCCCGUUUCCCAUCACGUGACCCCGGCCUCCGCCGCCUGUGCCCGCGCGGCCGCCCGCCACGCCGCCGUUUUGCUCCUUCCCGCCGCCGCUGGCCUGCUGGGCUCCGUCUUGGGCCUCUACGGCGAGGGCCUCUUUGUUUAG